AUGCUGGACGAUUAUUCCUCUGAAAGUGAUGUGGAUACGGAACCGGCCAAGGCCUUCCAUCGAAAGAUAUCGACCUAUAAAGAGAUCACGACGACGACCUGCACAAAGGAAGGCUAUCUGAUGAAGCAUACAAGCACUUUCCAGGGCUACCGAAGAAAGUAUUUCAAAUUGAAAGGACGUAAAUUGUACUAUGCAAAGGAUACCAAGUUUACAAUUUUUGAUGAAAUUGACCUCACUGGUUUCAGUGUUGCUGAAUGUAGCACCAAAAACAUUAAUCACAGUUUCCAGGUGAUCACUCCAUUCCGCAACUUAAUAUUAUGUGCGGAAAGCAGGAAAGAAAUGGAAGACUGGAUUACUGCCAUCAAAACUGCCAGUAGUAACGAAUACUAUGAUGUAAGUUUUCUUACAUUUUUACUUUGGUGGGGUGAGAUAUAUCUUCUUUCUGUGGGUAAAAUACAAAUCUGUUUUGUCCAAUAA